UCACCUCCAGAUUAUCAUUGUCCAAAGAAGUUAAAAAAUCCCAAAAGGAAACGUAAAUUGAAGGCCACAGAUUCGAAUCAAUUUCAAAAUAUAUUACCCGAAACACAAGCUUGUGAUAAUGUAUACUCACUUUCUUCCGAGUAUAUUAUUACAACGGACCCUAUAUUUUUCCCUUGUUUUUAUGAGCAAUUUGAAAAUACAAACCCAACAAUAUUACCAUCAAUUUUUCCGAAAGAUGAUAGUUAUGGCAACAUAAUUAAUACGCAUAACGAUAAUGUACAACAAUCAUUGACAGAAGCGACUGCUUCAAUUACUUACAAUCAAAACAUCUACCCUUACUAA